UCGGGAAGGUUGUGCACUGUUGACCGAUAGCUGAGGAUUUUUGGAAUACUUGUUGUUCGUUCAUUAUUGAGAAGACCAAGGGAUAAUAGUGAAGUUGAAUUUUCGGGAUUCCCCUCUGUGCGUGAUAGGUAGGGUGUUGAUGUGGAUAAUUAACGACCGGUUUGAACAACUGUGAUGAGAUAUAAAGUACUGAAAGCUCCAGGGAUUUUGUGUACAUCGAGGGGUGAAUGGUAUUGAGAAUUUUGGACACAAUGUACUCAUCUCACUGAUCACGUUGAUUGCAUACGUUUUGGGGUAUCAUGGUUAAAGUAUCUGUUGAAAGUCCCUGGAAUUGACGACUUGCUUUGUUAGCUCCCUUUCAAUGUCACAGUGAAACUCGUAAAUUUGUGGGGUGCAGUAACGACUUUGUCGAGGAAAACAUCACUCGUCACGGUGUGAGUAACGUUACCUCGGACAUGACAAAGGUGAUAAGAUAGAAAGAAGUUGGAGUGAAAAAAGGUAUAGAAAAAUAACAAAGGAGGGAAGGUAGAAGUUGAAGAGAGGUAAGGAAAACGAGGAGCUGCAGAGUGAAGCGCGAAACGGUUUCGCAUUCCGCACGGCGAAUGGGAGUAGGAGAGGAGAGAAGAGGCGUGCACGGAAUAAUUUCCAAGAAGGAAGGACAAUUGUUGGUUUGAAUAGAAAAGAAAGAGGGAGAUCGAGCGCGAGAGAAAACGAGGGACAAGACAACGGAGAGGGCAAAAUCCAGACGAGCGGAAAUACAAGUGCCGAGAUGCUUGCCACAGGGCAUCUAGUUUUUAUAGAAAACCAGGAGGAAGUGUGGUAUUGUGCCGUUGUCACUAGUACCUCGAUGUAACUCUUGGUUGCAACAAAACACUAAGAGGGAGAGGAAGAAACACUUGAGUAAUGAGAGCCCUGUGGAUUUGUUGAGAAAUUCCUGGCGGUAAUGAGCAAGCAGAAUAAUCAUCAAACGAUGAAGUUCACUGAUAAAAAAUCCCCGUUAUCGUUGCCCAUGGGACUAACUUGGUGUUUGGUAUUUGGUGUAUGUCAUGUGCUGGCUGUUACCAGUGCACCACCACCCAAAUUCGAAGUACCUGAACACUGCAAUUGGGAAAGCGAUGCUACAUUAACAUGUAUCUAUCGAUUUAUGGAUAGUGACAAUUCGCCCCAUUCAAAUUUAUCACGUGUUACCAGUGACUAUGUUACAACGAUGAAUAUCAUUUGUAAGGAUUGGGAUCCAGAGACUGGUACGAGUUCAACAAUCGUCGAGGAUUUUCUUCAUCUAUGGCGCCUACGUGAACUUCGUUUAAUUGGAUGCAAAUUCAUUUAUUGGCCGGCGAGGAUGCUCAACGGUUUUCGGGAUUUGCGUAAUUUAACAAUUAAAAGUCUCAAUGGUAGGAAGAGUAAGCUCAGUCUUGAGCUUGAGCGUGGUGCCUUUGACAUGACGCCAUUGAUUGAAAAAAUUGAUCUGUCUUUCAACAAUAUAUGGCAAUUGCCCGAGAGUAUAUUCUGUCCAUUGGCGAAUUUAGUGUCACUGAAUGUGUCGUGGAAUAUGUUGAAGGAUGUUACGGAAUUGGGAUUCAGUGAUUACACUGGAAAUCAUCCUAAACGAGAGUUAGAGUCAACAGUGUUACCGGUUGCGUGCUCUCUAGAUAUUCAGAGUUUGGAUGUAUCGAAUAAUCAAAUAUCCGUACUGCCGCCAUUUGGAUUUUCAGCCCUUAAACGAUUGAGAACACUCAAUAUAUCCGGUAAUGCCAUCAGCAUGGUUGAUGACAGUGCACUACGUGGUUUGAGAUCGCUGGAAGUAUUUGACCUAUCGAGUAAUAGAAUUGUCGCACUUCCCGCUGGAAUGUUCAAGGAUGCUACGAAUACACUCAAGGAAUUGCGGCUUCAGAACAAUUCGAUCAGUGCACUUGCGCCGGGUCUUGUGGCUGACAUGAAUCAGCUUGUCACCUUGGAUCUAUCAAGGAAUACAUUGACGAGUUCCUGGCUCAAUGCUGGCACAUUCGCUGGGUUGAUUCGUCUGGUUUUGCUGGAUCUCUCGCGUAAUAAAAUUGUCAAAGUCGAUCCAGCGCUAUUCAAAGACCUUUACACACUACAGAUACUCAAUCUCCAUCACAAUGAGAUUGAUACAAUACCCGCUGACACAUUCUCACCAAUGAGUAAUCUUCACACACUCGACCUGGCACACAAUAAACUCACUUAUUUAGACGCAUAUUCACUUAAUGGUCUAUUUGCCAUGUCAUUAUUCUCGUUGGACUCAAACUUACUGGAAGGUAUUCAUCCAGAUGCUUUUAGAAAUUGUUCCAGCAUGCAGGAUCUCAAUUUGUCAGGGAACAAUCUCGACGCAAUACCCGUUGCUCUCAAAGACAUGCGAAUGCUGAAAACUUUGGACUUGGGUGAGAACCAAAUAAAGAACCUUGAGAAGCCAGGCUUCAGAGGAAUGUUUAGUCUGUACGGAUUGCGUAUGAUUGGUAAUGAGAUUGUUAACGUGACUAAAGAGGCACUCUCCGAAUUGCCAGUACUUCAAAUUCUCAAUUUAGCCAGGAAUCAAAUUCAGUAUGUAGAACAUGCUGCAUUUUCGGGAAGUCCAGCAUUGCAGGCAAUAAGGCUGGACGCCAAUUUCCUCCAGGAUAUAUCUGGCAUAUUCGCCAAUGCGCCGAGUCUUCUAUGGCUCAACAUGUCCGACAACAUGAUAAAACAUUUUGAUUACAGCGUUCUACCAGAGCAUCUCCAGUGGUUAGAUCUCCACAAGAACCAGAUCACUGAUCUCGGUGUUUCACCGGUGGGUUUUCACCUGCAGACACUCGACAUAUCUUUCAACAAAUUGACGAAAAUCCAUCCAAGAUCUGUGCCAGACUCAAUCGAGCUUCUCUUUGUCAACGACAACUUGAUUCAUACAGUCGAGCCACAAACUUUUCACGACAAGGAGAAUCUCACCAGAGUAGAUCUGUACGCCAAUCAGAUAGUGAAAAUGGAUCUUUCAGUGUUCCAGUUGGCGCAAGUACCGGAGAAUCGUCCAUUACCCGAAUUUUACAUCGGCGGAAAUCCCUUCAUUUGUGAUUGUACGCUCGAAUGGCUCCAGAGGAUAGAUUCAUUGCCCAUGAGACAGCAUCCAAAGGUCAUGGACCUCGAAUCAGUGUACUGCCGUCUCCCCUAUGAUAGACAUCGUUCUUUCAUACCCCUCCUCGAAGCUAAACCAUCACAAUUUCUCUGUACGUACAAAACUCACUGCUUUGCCCUGUGUCACUGCUGUGACUUUGAUGCAUGUGAUUGUGAGAUGACUUGUCCAACCAACUGCACGUGCUACCACGAUCAAUCAUGGUCAGCUAAUGUCGUUGAUUGCUCCAACUCGGGGUAUAAAAGUCUACCGGGACGACUUCCAAUGGACGCCACGGAGGUUUACCUCGAUGGUAACAAUUUCGGUGAGCUCACGUCACACUCUUUCAUCGGUCGUAAAAAUCUGGAGGUGCUCUAUGUCAACGACAGCAACAUAAUUGCCAUUCACAAUCACACCUUCAGCGGUUUGAAGCGCCUCAUUGUCCUUCAUCUUGAGAACAAUAAAAUUGCCGAACUCAAUGGUGUAGAACUGCUGCCACUGGAGAAUCUCAAGGAGCUCUAUCUUCAGAAUAACCUGCUUGCCCACAUCGACAACGGUACAUUCUUGCAGCUGAGUAAGCUGGAGGUCCUCAGACUGGACAAUAAUCGUCUGGGUACCUUUGCCCUGUGGCAACUCGCUCAGAAUCCAUAUCUAGUCGACAUUAGCGUUUCAAAUAAUCCAUGGAGCUGCGAGUGUACAUAUCUCGAUCACGUGCGUGACUGGAUGUCGAAGAAUACAGCUAAGAUCAGCGAUUGGAAACGGGUCACGUGUGCACUUGGUAUGCCAAUAACGCUUCCAGCCAAUGGAUCCGUAAUAAACUGUGCAGCAUUGAGGGGUACAACAUCAGCUAUUGAGACGCGGCCCUUGGAGGCAUAUCUGCCACUCCUACUAGCCACAGCCGUACUUUUCUUUGCCAUGGUUGCAUUACUCUGCGGUGCAUUUCGACAUCGCAGAACUAUCAGAACAUGGGCAGCCAGUAGAUGUGGCCUCCGUGCUUGCUACAAAACUGCUGCAUUCGAGGAUCGUGAAAAGCCAUUUGACGCUUAUAUAUCUUACUCAGCAGUUGAUGAAAAUUUUGUAUCGAGAGUAUUAGUGCCCGGUCUUGAGUCGUCCUAUCGUCUGUGUUUACAUUAUCGAGACUUGGGUGCUGGUGCUAAUGUUGCUGAUGCCGUUGCUGAAGCUGCCGACUCUUCCAGACGUACCAUUCUCAUUUUGUCACGUAAUUUCUUGCACGGCGAAUGGGCGAGAUUUGAAUUUAAAUCAGCUCUCAGAGAGGCGCUCAGGGGAAAAGGCAGAUCAGUCAUACUUCUUCUCGUUGGUGGUGUUUGUCCACGCGAUCUCGAUGCUGAUCUAAGAAAAAGAAUCUCUUCGCACACUGUACUCGUCUGGGGUGAUAAACUCUUCUGGCAGAAACUUAAAUUUGCCAUGCCCGAUGUAUCACCAAUACCAGUAAUGGAUCGACCACUGCCACUGCCACCACCACCACCACCACCGACCCAGCACCUGUGGGCAUAGGACCAUAAAUUAGAUGUGAAUCCUAGCCAGGGGUAUUAUCGAACUUUAUCCACGUAUGGAGUCUCUGGAUAUCACGGGAGAGACGGAUUCCACAGUAUUGAGACUAUUCUAUCUACUUAUGAUCAUGAAGAAAUUCUUACUAUUGCGCUGGAGUACACAUAAUGCCAUUUGCCGAUUACCAUUUAAUAGCCAUUUCUACAUUUGAAAAGAAAAAAUGAAAAAAAAAUCGUGAUAGCUUUCGUAGUUAAAAAAAAUCGUAAUUAGUGCAAGAAUCAGCAUACUCCUCGUAUCUUGUAUUACAACGAAUUACCAUUUUUCUCUUUCUUAACGGGCAGUCGUUGAGCCGACGAUUCGUGUUUAUUCAAAUGGAAAAAAAAAAUUAAUGAGAAUGAAAAAGAAUUAUGGGAAAUUGUUCUUCGCUACUCUUCUUGUUUGUUCAGAGCUCGGAUGAGGCACAGGCGCCUUGGGCUGUAAAUGUAAAUACAAAUUUUGUAUAUUUGUAAUAUAGAUAG